UACACUGUACUACUGCGGAGCCAUGGUGAACGCCUUCUUCACGACCCUGGCGCGGGGCCUCGACGACCUCAGCGGCGGCGGUGGCGGGCUGUCGUCGCUGCCCGCGCUCCUCCGGGCGGCGGCGCUGCUCCGGGGCCUGCACUCGCAGCUCACGAUGCUCGUCGGCCAGCUCCACCUGCCCCCCGGCGGCCGGUGGCUCGACGAGUACAUGGACGAGACCGCGCGCCUCUGGGACGCCUGCCUCGCCGUCAAGCUCGGCCUCGCCGCCGUCGAGCGCUACUGCGCCGCCGCCUCCUGCGCCGUCGCCGCCCUCGACGACUGGCUCCAGGACCCGUCCCCGCUCUCCACCCGCCAGGUGAUGAGGGCGGUCUCGGCGUCGAGGAGGGAGGCGAUGGCGGCGGAGGAGGAGAACCGUGCGCUGUCCGAGUCGAGGAUCGCGCCGCUGUCGCUGCAGCUGGACGAGCGCCGCGCCGCCGACGCCAGGCUCAGCGGCUUCAACGGCUUCCGCGGCCUCCUCUACGCGCUGCACAACGCCAGCUCCCUCCUCCUGCUCAUCCUCGCGGGCGGCGCCUGCGCGGCCGGGUCUCCCUGCUCGUCCGCCGACGGCGCGGACACCAGCACCACCGGAGGCGGGUUCAUGGCGUCCAUCGCGACGCUGCAGAAGAGGAUGGCGGAGGAGGCCGGGGACGGCACGAUCAGGAUGGACGAGUUCCGGAGCGCGCGCGCGGCGGCGGAGGCGGCGCGGGAGGAGGUGGAGCGCGCGGCCGCCGCCGCCGCCGCGGGCGCCAGCAAGCUGGUCGACCAGGACGGCGGCGUGAAGGAGAAGGCGGAGGAGCUCAAGGCGUGGGUGGAGGUGCUCCGGGCCGGCACCGACGGGCUGGUGUGCCAGCUGGACGACUUCCUGGACGACAUUGUGGAGGGCCGGAAGGAGCUGUCGGACCUCUGCAGCCACUGAACCUCCACGAAUGAUGAUGAUGGUUCCUGGAAUCUUGUCGCCUGCCUGCUCGCAGCCGCAGCGCGUGGUGGUGGUAGUGUACAAGUAAAGCAACGUCGCUCGACCCAUAAUAGUACGUAGCCGUAGAGCAAGGACAUGUUUAGCUAGCAGCAAGUAGUAGUGGCAGUGCCGGUCUGGGGAUCGACGGAGAGUGUGUAUGUCGCAGCAUUUUGGUCAGGUCAUCAUUUUGUUGCUCCUUUCUUGCCAUGUCUCUCUGCCAUGACAGGAGAGACAUGAUGAGGAAGAUGGAGAGAUCUUUGUUGUUGCAGGGGCAGCACAAGCAGUUGGGGAACGAAAGGCUGCUUUUUGUUUGCUCGCCUGGAGCUGGAGGUUGGCGUGUGUCGGACUGUUGCUAGCUUACCUCAGCUAGGUGGUGUCUCUCACUCAGUCAGUCAGUCAGUCACAAGAGCGAAAGAAAGGAUAGCUCAACUUUUCUUCUCCUCUUUGCA